AUGCCCGCCGGCGUUCGCGUUCGCGGUGUGAUGAAGCCUGCAUACCAGGAAAUUCUGACCCCAGAGGCUGUCGAGUUCGUUGUGGAUCUGGUCCGCACGUUCCGCCCACGCGUCGACUACAUCCUGCGCUGUCGAGGAGAGACCCAGGCGCACUACGACGCGGGGGAGCUCCCCACGUUCGCCGCGUGCUCCAAGGCCAUCCGCGAGGGCGACUGGAAGUGCGCGCCCACUCCGCAGGUGCUGCUGGACCGCCGCGUGGAGAUUACUGGGCCCGUGGAGCGCAAGAUGGUGAUUAACGCGCUCAACUCCGGCGCGAAGAUGUUCAUGACUGACUUUGAGGAUUCGCUGGCGCCCACGUGGGAGCGGAUCAUGGACGGGCACGUGAACCUGCGGGAUGCCGUGAACGGCACCAUCUCGUACGAGGACAAGGCCCGCCGCAAGACGUACAAGCUCAACGACAAGACCGCCGUCAUGCUCGUGCGCCCCCGCGGAUGGCACCUCAAAGAGGCGCAUUUCGAGGUGGACGGGCAGCCUGUCCCCGGGUGCCUGAUGGACUUCGGCCUCUAUUAUUUCCACAACCACGCCAAGUUCCGCGCCACGCACGGCGGCGCGGGGCCCUUCUUCUACCUCCCGAAGAUGCAGCACUCGCGCGAGGCGGCGCUCUGGAACGCCGUCUUCGAGCACGCGCAGGACCGCGUGGGCGUGCCACGUGGCACGAUCAAGGCGACGGUGCUGAUCGAGACGCUGCCGGCCGUGUUUCAGAUGCACGAGAUUCUGUACGAGCUGCGGGAGCAUUCCGCGGGGCUCAACUGCGGGCGCUGGGACUACAUCUUUAGUUUCAUCAAGACGUUCCGCGCGCACCCGGAUCGCCUGCUGCCGGACCGCCAUCAGGUGGGGAUGACGCAGCAUUUCCUGAAGAGCUACACGGAGCUGCUGAUCCAGACGUGCCACAAGCGCGGCGUGCACGCGAUGGGCGGCAUGGCGGCGCAGAUCCCGAUUAAAGACGACCCUGCGGCGAACGCGGCGGCGUUCGCGAAGGUUAAGGCGGAUAAGCAGCGCGAGGUGGACGCGGGACACGACGGCACGUGGGCGGCACACCCCGGGCUCGUGCCGCUCGUGCUGGACGUGUUCAACGCGGGCAUGCCACGUGCCAACCAGAUGAACCGCGCGCGCGACGACGUCCACGUCACCGCGGAGGACCUAAUCGCGAUGCCCAAGGGGACUAAGUCGCUGGACGGUCUGCGAGUUAAUACGCGCGUCGGGAUCCAGUAUAUCGAGGCGUGGAUGACGGGAUCCGGAUCCGUGCCGCUGUACCAUCUCAUGGAGGACGCAGCAACGGCUGAAAUCAGCCGCGUGCAGAACUGGCAGUGGCUGCGGUACGGAGCGGUGCUGGACGGUGAGCUGGUGCCCGUGAAAGUUACCAAGGAAUUGUUCAGCCAGGUGGUUCAGGAGGAGCUGCAGCGCAUUCAGCAGGAAGUGGGGCCCAAGAGAUUCGCCUCGGGCAGGUUCCAGGAAGCUGCGGCGCUGUUUGCAAGCCAGUGCCUGGCGCCGACCCUGGGUGAUUUCCUGACCCUGGACGCGUAUCCUUACAUCACUCAGUUUGUGCCCGAGUCACGGCUGUAG